GUUAGGUGCAUGUCACCAACUUGGACUCUUUCGUUGCCGGAUAUCGUUCGAAUUUGAUAUUGACGAUACCGAGUUCUGCAACUAAUUGCAAGUGAAGGUGUUUCCCUUGGCGCGAGGUGGCAUUAGCAGCCGGCAGUUGAGUGUACGUACCAGCACUGACGUUCGUCUGCUCGGUGCAUAUCACAACACAACUAUAAGACAGGAUAAUCAUUGAUUGUAGUUCGAUGCAUUGAUUUGGAUAAUACGAGAUGAGAUUAUUUCAAUAGGGGGAAUUUUGGAUAUUCAGUGGAAUAUGGAGCAGAUAGUUAUAUCACCACAAAGGUGGUGCAUCAAACCGUCUGACAUCAUGAAGAUCGGACGAUGGAAGCGAAUGCUUGUCGUGGUGGCGAUAACCGUGUCCGUCGUCUUCUUUGUGCAUCACAUCCCAAGGAAAAAUGACGGUCCUGACAUCUUCUUUGACCGGCCAAGCCAGGUUCUACGAUACGAUACAGUAGCAGACAAAACAAAACAAGUUGAGAUCAAAAUUGCUAAAGUUGCAACAGUUUCGAAACAGGAGCAACAGCAAUUAUUGGACUUGAGAAAAAAAGCUUUAAAUGGUCAACUUGUAAAUAUUCCGAACCCUAGCAUCUUGCCAAUUGUUUACAGGGAUAAGGACUUUGUAAACGAAAAACCUGAUGCGACGCCAAAAAUACCAAAGAGAAUACACCAGACAUGGAUGACCCGAAAGGUGCCAACGACCACUAAAUCGUGGAUUCAAUCAUGGAGGAAGUUUAACCCUGAUUGGGAAUACUGGUUUUGGACUGAUGAGGAUGCUCUUUUGCUGGUGAAGAAAAAAUAUCCGCAAUAUUUAAAGUAUUUUACGAAAUACGAAAAAGCUAUCCAAAAAGCUGAUGUGAUGCGAUACUUCGUCCUGCAUGAGUUUGGAGGAGUGUAUGCUGAUAUUGAUAUAGCUGCUGUGAAAUCUUUAACGCCCCUAACAACCUCACAUUAUGCAAUUGUAAGUCAGGAACCGUUCGCGCAUUCCAAGGUCUAUUGGGGCUGGCGCAAGUACAUGCCCUGUAAUGCUUUCAUGGCUUCUUCCAAGGGACACCAGUAUCUAAAAAUGAUUGUGGAGACAAUUCCCAGGAACUAUUACGGGAACAAAAAAUCUGAUGUGAUGAACAAGACUGGUCCUAUGAUGGUUGGACGUAUCCUGAAUGAUUAUAAAGAACAGAACAAGUAUAAUUACACAAUUAAAGAUACUGUGUAUCUUGCUGACCCUGAUGUCUUCCAUCCGAACAUUGACAUGAACUUGAAAUACCGGUUCAUGUCCGCGUGCGAUUCUCCUCAAAAGUUCAACUUCAAUGCGAAGGAAAUACAGAGGUGCAAAGAUGAGAAGAAGCGUGGUUUUGUACGGUUUACCCCCGAUGUGGCGUACACGGACCACCACUGGAUGCAUCACUGGGUUGGUGGAAUCCACAUCAACCGAAUCCGUCCUGAUGUCGUAACGGAUAUCAAAGACAUAAUCCCCGAUGUCAAAAACGUGACAGAUAUCAUAUUACAUUCAUGAUCUAUUAGUAAUGCUUUUCGCAUCCAACGGGUUAAAGGGGUGUAUCGAUCAUCUGCCGAGGCAUCCCGGACCUGGAGCAGCAGUGGGAUUUGAUUAGAGCCUGAUUCAUCAUGGCUGAUGGCCGCGGCUCUAGCCCCACGUGAUCCCGGAUUAACACUAACUCCAGCGUAAUUUUGUGACUAAUUGAGUAUCAACUUCGUAAACGACAUUCUGUUACAAAUGGCAUGGAGGCGAGGCGUUUUUUUCCGUGUUUCUGCUUCGCUGAUCGUUUUUAUUGAUCUCGUCUAAAAUGGGGCUUACCGGGAGAGUUAACUUGAAAUUUGCUGGCACUGUUUCUCUCGGUCACUGUCGCAUUGUCGCUCGUUUGAAUUUUUCUAGGCAAGUUGUUGGCAUUUAAAAUUCUUAAUUGUCUGACCUAGAAAUUGGAGAUUUCAUCGGGCAAUUGUGAGUACAUUCUUGCCACGUUUAAAUUUAUUCAAUUCAUUGAGCCAAUUGGUUGAGGCAUAAGGUUAAUUAUUUUCUAACUUUCCUUGGCUUUAAAGGUCAUUUUUCAUUCAUGAGAAAACUGCCUCUGCAUACGUUCUAUGCAGGCCUUUCAAUUUUGCAUGGUCACAACCACUUUUAACGAACCAUUUUUAACGAACCACUUAAUAGUUUGGGCGCAGGGAGCGUCAGUAAACGCGUGCUCGUUUAAGUAAUUGAAAGGCCUGUUAUCUCGGCGUCAGAUCAGCUGCAGUUAGAUGGCAGCCAGAAGCUAACUACUCCCUCGACAACGAUAACCGUAACACCUGCGUCACCACAACUCUAUAUAUCGCCCACUUGGUCAAAAUUCACACUGCUGUAUCGGAAUGGCACAAGAAUGUCAUGGCAUAUUCCGUAAUAAGCGCCGUUCUUAUGUUGGUAACUACAUGAUUAGCCGGGAGUAUAUGUAACAUUAAGUUGAUGAGACAGCGCCAAACGAUCCCUCCGGUGCUGCCCGAAGUACCCGUCUCGUUCUAAUGAUAGUGAUGUCCAGGCAAUUGCGCUGUCCACUAUCAUUAGCUCGCAAAUUGUUGCUUAUUGCAAUUGACAUACUAGUGUACCAAUGUGGCCCAUGUUGGUUAUUGGCUGUUGAUUAAGACAGAGUCGGCGACUCUUCGCCGCAUUGGGCGUCGUGAGUGACAUGGCUGCCGAUAAGAUUCAGUGGAUGUCAAUCUUAAUAUGAUGGAUAUCCAUCCUAAAGCAAGGAUUCCAAACAAGCUUUCACUCUUGAGGUACGUUCGAAAAAGAACCAGGGGAGAAGUUGCUUCUUGGCAUAGGGACUUGAAAGCUCGGGAGAACAUCCGUGCAAAGCAGACUGGGGUUUUUGUUGCAGAUGUUUUGUGUUACAAAAGUCAACUGCUGUACAGAAUCAUCAUGUCAUGUUAGUGAUUAAGUUGCAUUUAUAGUACAUUUGUAAAUAUGUGCGUUGGCUACUUGUAGGUUGAUGUUCAGUUCUUCUUUCCCUUUUGUUUUUGAACCGCCAACGAGAAAAAAUUCCACUUCCAUUUGAAGACUUGACUCGCUAUCACACAAGUGCCUUCGUAGAGUUUCAUCGGAACCGUGUGUUAUGUUAUUGAUUACGAGCAGGUAGCCUGCAAUCAUGCUAAAUGUAAAUGAAUAAUCAUUGUGUAAAUAUUUCGGGGUAGCUACAUGUAGCGACCGGGCGUUGUUAUUUAAACGUUGACCGUAUAACACUGUCCAUUGAGGCUCACCGGUAGCUCAGAGGUACGUUUGAUGGCGGAGGAGCGUCCCUUCACAUAGAUUGCCAUAUUCGCUCAAUCAAGUAUAUAUGGAUGAGCGAAUGGUUAAUUAUCACAUUGGCAUUUCAGACUUUGCUGUUUCAUUCGAUGGUUACUAAAGGCUACUUCCGUUCAUCCGAAGUUUGAAAAUUUACCAUUUACGCAACGCUACGCGUAUUGAAUAUAGCGUAGAUCUUAAACCAUGUCAUUGUGUAGUCUGUUAUAAAGGUAGUAUGUAGGCCAAGUUUCAUCGCUUUGACGUACGUACUUGCUGCUACGGCCGUGUAUAUUUCCAGCGGGUAAUGCAUGUAAACAGCGUGUCCAAGAACGAACUUGGCUAAUUGGACAAAAUAUCGAACAUCGAGCCCAAAUAAGUGGAAAGUAAACUCUUCACUCUUCAGAGUUGGGUUUGAUAAAUCUUUGCCCGAUGUCCAAAAAUUGGCAAGAUCCAUUACGAAUCUCGGUAAAGCCGUCUUAUCGUGCAAGAGCUCAAAGUGUUUUGUUCUGAUAAAAAGGAUUCAGAAAAAUUUUCAAAUUCUACGCAAUAGGCGUUAAUGUCGACGUCUAUCAAGAUGUCAUAUGGACGCCCCAUGUUAUGUUAAUUGUUAAGUGAAUAUGGUGUUAGGUAACUACAUUUACGUGUAUAUAUAAGUGCGGUUGUGGUGAUGUACCGUUUAAAAUGUUACAUGUUUGUACGCAUACGUCCAGGUUUCUCGCAUCUACAUUUGAAAAAUCUGUCCCAAGGGAACUGAAUCACUUUGUAGUGUUUGUAAUGUUGAUCUAAUAAA